UUCUAUUGAAGUCACAUUUGGUCGAAACGUAGGACGUAGAACCAUGAAGGCGGUUACCUUGGUGCUGUGCACCCUAGUGGUCACAAUUGCGGCCCGUUGCGUUCGGGACAACGGAAACGGCGAACCGGGCUGUAAGCUUCAGGAGGAAAUUUCCCAGAAGUACUGGCGUCAUCACCAUGAUCCGACGGCCUACUGGGAGUGCGUCUCGAUGAACCGACCGGCAGAACAACGUCGCUGUGGCAGUGAGCUGGCCUUCCACGCCGGACUGCUCGAAUGCGUUCCCUGGGAUGAGUGGGAAUGGGAGCCGCCAUGUGCCCCACCAUCUCGCCCGGAAGCCUAAUCAACUCUAAGCAAAUCCAGUUCGGUAGAUGGGAGCGAACUUUCUCGAACAACAAGACCAUUUGAACAUCUAGGAAACACAUUCUGUUAUCGGACCAUUAAUAAAACAAGCACUCUUUUAUUGUAUUUUAU